UACGAUCAGUGUUACGGUAGUGAUACCGGCACACACAAACCGGUGGCACACGCGUCAACGCUGGCAUGCGUCAGCUGAGUCGGUGUCGUCAGUCAGCGAUUGAAAGGAUUUCGGCACUGUGUGAUCUCGCGACGAGAGCGACGGUCUCACGCGAGAGAGUUUCGUUCCCCGUACAUUGUUUCGGUACAUUAAUCCAGUUUUGCUCUUCAUUUUUCCACACAAAUAAUUUCAUAUCGUCGUAGAUAAGUGUAAUCAAGAAUGGACUUAUUCGCAAUCGUCGGUCUACUAUUUGUACUAUAUUAUUCCAUCUAUAUUAUUCUCCCAUCCUUCUUGGACUGCGACUUACUGCUCGCUUUUAAGGAGAAAUACGGCAAACCUGUGUCUUCGUUAAAAGGCAAGACGGUAUGGAUAACGGGUGCAUCCUCUGGCAUCGGAGAACAUUUGGCUUACGUGCUGGCCAAAGCGGGCUGCAAAUUAAUCCUGUCCGCUCGCAGAGUCGCUGAAUUAGAACGAGUGAAGAAGACAUGUUUGGAAGAGAACAAAUGCUUGACCGACAACGAUGUGGAAAUCUAUCCCAUGAACGUGCUUGACUUGAACUUGCACGAGAAAGCGUUCCGGGAUGUGACCGACAAAUUCGGCAAGUUGGACAUACUCGUCAGCAAUGCCGGUCGUAGUCAAAGAGCGAAAUGGGAGAACAUCGAAAUUGCGGUCGAUAAAGAAAUGUUUGACUUGAAUGUAUUUUCCGUCUUAUCCUUGAGUAGAUUAGCAGUCAAAUACUUUCUGAAAGUGGGCGGAGGUCAAAUCGUCAACACUUCGAGCAUCGCGGGAUUUGUACCAACACCAAUAUCCCCGACUUAUUGUGCCACGAAACACGCUUUACACGGCUAUUUCAAACCGCUGUUCAUGGAGCACCCCGACAAGCUCAUCAGCGUGACAAUGGUUUGCCCGGGUCCGGUGCAGACCGGAUUUCUAGAAAAGAGUUUCACGGAGAAACCUGGCGAGGAAUAUGGCGUAUCAACGGAUACAGCUAAAACCAAAGUCAGCGCGGAACGUUGCGCAGCAUUAAUGGGCAUCGCGAUUGCGAAUAAAUUGAACGAAGUGUGGAUCGCUACACCGCCCGUAUUACGAAUUACAUAUUUGUAUUAUUGUUUCCCGAAUUUCGCCAGAUGGUUGAUAAAGACUUUAGGUCUGAAGUAUCUGCAGAAACUACGAGAUGCUAACGCUGUCAAGAAGUAAUCAAAUUAUCAUCACUAAAUAUUUCAAUAUUCCUACGACAGCUAUUUUUGGAUCAUAUUUCCCAAAAUGUUCUUCACAUAAGUGCCAUGAGAACAAUUUUUUUACAUAUAUAUAAGAGAUGUAUAUUACAUUAUAACAAUAAAAUAUAAAAACAUUAA